CGUGUGCCUGCUCAUUUCCCUUCGACAAUUAUCGUUUGUCUCGUUCAGAAAAAUUCGAACACUACCUCUUAUUCUAUCACGCUCGUUACACCGGAUUUCAAUCCUUGCCCAUUAUGAUCUGUUCCUUCAACCCCCGAAUACUUUUCGGUUGCUUCUUUUGGAUGGUUCUCGCCUCUGGUUUACGCAUUCUCGGAGACAAUCUUCUUUCUCGCGAUGUUUAUUCACCAAGAAUUACUAGCCCUGCAAGAGGCACCGUCUGGAUGGUGGGCUACAACGCCACCAUCACAUGGGACACCUCAAAUCCGCCCCAGCAUAUUACCAACGCGAUUGGCGAGAUUGUUCUAGGACACCUGAAUGAAAAUGAUUCCAACGAACACCUUGACCUAGGACACCCUCUCGCCGAAGGGUUUGACCUUCGUUCUGGUACUGUUACCGUCAAAGUACCAGAGGUGAAGCCGGGUGAAAAUUACUUUGUUGUUUUAUUCGGCGACUCUGGAAACACAAGUCCACCAUUUUCCAUAGAAAAAUUGGAGGAUGACUACGGUACAAUUGGUCUUAAUGCUCUUCAACUUCCAUCUCGCGUUAUUCGACGUUUCUCGGGACUCUAGAAGAAACUUUCAAAGUCAUCAACGCCUCGUGGACGACCUGAGCCUCUCUCACCGAUACUCAAACUUCUUUUGCCUUCCUUCAAGUUCUCAACUCAAGAAAUAGCAUUACUUCGGUUACGCCCCCCGAUAAAUAUCGCUGUCUUGUGAUCUACAAAUCUAAUCUUCCAGAUAUGCUUUGUUCGAACGAAAGGAUGGUACUUCUUAAGCACUCGACGAC